ACACUUCUGUGGCACAAAGACGACGCUGAAAAUGUCUCCAAACAUGACCUGUGAUACUCUGUCCUUCUCUCCAAAGCUUACCCUUGCUAAAAGGAAAGAGGCACUGGAGCUCAGGAAGACAAUGAAACCGCUUAUGGAAAAAAGACGACGCGCUCGUAUCAACGAGAGCCUGAACCACCUGAAAAAUCUCAUCCUCCCUCUCACAGGCAGAGAUAAAACCCACUAUUCCAAACUGGAAAAGGCCGACAUCCUGGAAAUGACUGUGAGGUUCCUCAGUGACAUUCCCACUAUGAACACAAAAGACGCUGCAGACAGUUACAGAGAUGGUUACAAAGCCUGUCUCCAGCGCGUCUCGGCUGCGCUCCCCAAAACCAGCCUGGAGCAAGACGCGUGCCAGCGGGUCGACGACUUUAUCCAGAAGUCGAUGUCUGCGACUGUCGCCCCGACUUGCCUGAACUGCUGCGUCCAGAACUCCAGAGCUUUGCCUCAGAUCCAGCAGAAACUCCUGAGCCUGAAAUCCAGCUUCAUGUUGAAACCGCAGAGCCAGCCCCGCAGCGCAGCGGCGGCCAGCAGGGCGCCGGCGGGCCUGCAGGUCGGCGCUGCCAUGUGGAGACCCUGGUAGACAUCUGCAUAACCGUCAAAAAGCUGUGAA